ACGAAUAAAGUCAGGAUGAGUUCUCAAGUUCCUCGAUUUGCAGCUAGUUUAGUCGAUAAAGUUGCCCUUAUAACUGGGGCCAGUUCAGGGAUAGGUGCAGCAACAGCUAUCUUGUUUUCACAGAUAGGUGCCAAGUUGUGUCUAACUGGAAGAAAUGAAGCAAAUCUAAUGAAGACGGCUAAGGCAUGUGAGGAAAUAAACCCAAAAAACAAGCCAGUGGUAUGCCUUGGAGACUUGACAAAGGAAGUGGACACACAGAGGAUCUUUGAAAAAGCUAUAGAUUCUUAUGGGAAAAUGGAUGUACUGGUCAAUAAUGCUGGCAUUCUUGAGAUGGGGUCAAUUGAGAAUACUAGUCUUGAGCAGUAUGAUAGGAUCAUGAAUACAAACAUACGGUGUGUGUAUCAAUUGACAAUGCUAGCUGUGCCAUACCUUAUCAAGACAAAGGGAUCCAUUGUUAAUGUGUCGAGCGUAAAUGGAAUACGGGUGUUUCCAGGCCUGGUAGCUUACAAUGUUUCAAAGGCAGCACUUGACCAAUUCACCCGGGCUGUGGCAUUAGAUCUUGCUGCAUCACAGGUCAGAGUGAACAGUGUUAAUCCUGGGGUGACAGUGACAGAACUUCAGAAAAGAGGAACAGGAAUGGAUGAAGAGGCUUACUCUAAGUUCUUGAUGAGAACCAAAGAGACACAUGCCCUGGGACGUCCUGGACAGCCAGAAGAAGCAGCCCGUGCCAUCGCCUUCCUUGCCUCAAGUGAUUCAUCCUUCAUCACAGGCGCAUCUCUACCUGUGGAUGGUGGACGCCACGCCAUGUGUCCUCGCUGAGUGAACAAUGAAUCUGAGAGAUUAGACUAUUCUGUAUUUAGAUGACAAUAGGUUGAGGAAUUGAUAUUUAGUAGAUUAACUGUUAAAACAGAGAGUGAGCAGUUUAGGAGGACUUUUAAGCCUGUCACUUGCCAUAUUAGGACACGGGCUUGUUGCCUGAGAAUUAAAAAUUCAACUCCAAAUGUACAACCAGCUCUUCUUUCACCAACUUGAUGCUUUGGAGUAUUUUAAUACUCCAAAACAUCAAGCUUGAAACUCACUGGUAAGAAAUAUUCAGUACAAGACACUUUUUCUCCCAAUAGAUGGUGUAAGGUGAUGAGUUGUCACAAGAAGAAGGUCCCUGUCAAAAAUCAGCUUUGCCUCAUUUCUGGUAUGGCUACCAGGUGGCCAUCUUGGAUUUUGGUUGUGUACAUUGAUAUGAAUAGUCUAGCAAAUUCAUUUUCUUAAAUUUUGUACAGAAAGUCCUAGUGUAAAUUUACAUGGAGUUUUAGAUAAAAGCAUUUGCUAGACUUUAUUCAUAUCGGCCAAUAACUUGAGAGUGCCUUGCCUCGUUGACACCAAUGCUUGUAUAUUUUUCCAUGACGUAUGAACAUUUUGAAAAGGUUUUUAUAUCAACUAGCAAUCUACUUUGAGAAAUAAAUCUAUACAUGUAU